CUUCAUCUCGUCUUGCAACUUCAUCUCUUCUCUCAUCUCACUUUUCAUCACACACCAUGACCGCCAAGAGACUUCAGAGCAAGCUCUUCGGCGCUGUCAAGGAGGCUGCGUCGCUCCCCGGCCGCAAAAAGGACGACAAGGACGCGUCUUCCAGUCCGACGCCCAGAGAUAGAGACGACGACAGCGGCUCCGGUUCUGGCGCAGCGACGCCCGUCCCCGCCCAUCCCGAGACCAAGCUCGGCGACAAAAACAUCCACAAGCUUCCCGAGGCCGUCGCUGCCGAAGAGACCAAGCUGGCCGAAAAGACUGGGGAGAGCGGAGGAGCGGCCCCGCUCCGUAUUGACAUACCUGGCCAGCGCGAGAAAGAAAACCUGCCGAAAGUCAAGAAGACGGAGAGAGAUGAGAAGAAGGACGAGCACACGCCAGUGGCUGCGGGGCCAUCGCCGCGCCCGGCCUCUGGCGAAGAGACUCCCCGCGACAAGAAGCCGCUGCGCGAGCGGCUCAUCCAGCAGCUCGGCUCUAGGUACCGCUCAGUCGAGGACCACCGCCUCCAUCAGGCCGACCUGUACGAGGUGCACUGGAAGCGCUGGGGACCGUAUCUCUCCGAGCGGCAGUGGGGUACGGUGCGCGAGGACUACAGCGCAAACGGCGACGCGUGGAACUCGUUCCCCUUCGAGAUGGCCAAGUCUCGCGCGUACCGCUGGGGCGAGGACGGCAUUGGCGGUAUCUCUGAUAACCACCAGCGCCUGUGCUUUUCGCUCGCCCUGUGGAACGGAAAGGACCCUAUCCUCAAGGAGCGUCUGUACGGUCUCACGGGCGAGCAGGGCAACCACGGCGAGGACGUCAAGGAGCUCUACUAUUACCUCGACUCGACGCCGACCCACUCGUACAUGAAGUUCCUCUACAAGUACCCCCAGGCCGAGUACCCGUAUCAGAAGCUAUUGGACGAGAACAGUAAUCGCUCCCGUGAGGUGCCCGAGUACGAGCUCAAGGAUACUGGCAUCCUCGAUGAGGACCGCUACUGGGACGUGUUCGUCGAGUACGCCAAGGACGAGGAGGACCCCAACUCGAUCUCCAUCCGCAUCACCGCGUACAACCGCGGACCAGACGCCGCGGACCUCCACCUUCUCCCACAGCUCUUCUUCCGCAACACCUGGAGCUGGCCCAAGGAGCUUCCCAACGACAUGCCGCAGAUGAAGCAGGUCGCUGCUGGUGUUAUCGAGGCUACCCAUGAGACACUUGGCGUCACCCGCCUCUACUGCACGCCUUCUCCCAGCCCAGCGCAGCCGACCAAGGGUGGUGUCGUUCUCGUUGACGGCCCGUCCGUUAUUCCUGACCUCCUGUUUACUGAGAAUGACACCAACUUUGAGCGUCUGUACGGGGGCAAGAACCGCACGCCGUACAACAAGGAUGCCUUCCACGACUACGUCAUCCCCGGCCACCGUCCGAAAGUCGAGCAGCACCAGGCUACGGAGAAUGGGGCGGUCAACGGCCUCACGGAGAAGGUGGACGGGCUCGACAUCAAUGCCGCAACAACACCUUCUUGCUAUCCCGCCGAAAAGUUUGUCAACCCCGAGAAGGAGGGCACCAAGGCUGCCGCCCAUUACGCCUUCAACAACGUCCCAGGCCAUGGCGGAUGCGUGGUUGUGCGUCUCAAGAUGACCCCCAACUCGCCGUCCGAGGACCCUACGAUUCUCGACGAGGAGGCGUUUGACGACAACAUCGAGGACCGUCGUGUAGAGGCGGAUGAGUUCUACUCGAGGCUCGGCCGCGGCCCGCUUCCCGACGACCUGCGCUCGAUCAUGCGCCAGGCCCUGGCCGGUAUGAUGUGGACCAAGCAGUACUACCAGUUCAUCCAAAAGGAGUGGAUUGAUGGCGACCCGGGACAGCCCAAGCCACCGCCCGAACGCAAGUACGUGCGCAAUCGUGAAUGGCGCCACCUGUACAUCAACGACAUUCUCAGCAUGCCCGAUAAGUGGGAGUACCCUUGGUUCGCAACGUGGGACACGGCGUUCCACUGCAUCCCGCUCGCCAUGGUUGACCCAUCUUUCGCCAAGAAGCAGCUUGAUCUUCUCACGCGUGAGUGGUACAUGAAGCCCGACGGCGCGUUGCCUGCGUACGAGUGGAACUUCUCAGACGUCAACCCGCCCGUUCACGCGUGGGCGACGCUGCGUGUCUUCAAGAUAGAGCGACAGGUGCGCGGCGUCGGGGACCUGGACUUCCUUGAGCGCGUGUUCCAGAAGCUGCUCCUCAACUUCACGUGGUGGGUGAACCGCAAGGACUCGGAGGGCAACAACGUCUUCGAGGGCGGCUUCCUCGGCCUUGACAACAUUGGACCCUUCAACCGUUCCGAGCCCCUCCCGACUGGCGGCACCCUGCGUCAGGCCGACGCGUCUGCGUGGAUGGGGCAGUACUGCGUCCAGAUGCUCAUGAUCGCACUUGAGCUCGCACUGCACAACCCUACGUACGAGGACAUUGCGUCCAAGUUCUUUGAGCACUUCCUCUUCAUUGCGGAUGCCAUGACGUACCGCAGCGAGGACCAGGAGAUGUCACUGUGGAAUGACAACGACGGGUUCUACUACGACGCUAUUCAAUGGAGCAACGGGCACUCGCAGCAGAUCCCUGUGCGCUCGCUCGUUGGUCUCAUGCCUCUUUACGCGACGGCUAUUCUUGAGCCGCAUGUGCUGAAGAAGUUCCCGAGCUUCCGCAAGCGCCUCGACUGGUUCGUCGAGAACCGCCCGGACAUUACACAGCGCAACCUUGCGUCAAUGAAAGCGCGUGGUCGUGGUGACCGUCUGCUUCUGGCGUUUGCUAACAAGGAUCGCCUCGUGCGCAUUCUAGAGAAGAUGUUGGACGAGGACGAGUUCCUUAGCGAUUACGGCGUUCGCUCGCUCUCGUUGUACCAUCAGAACCACCCCUUCUCGAUGCACGUCGACGGGCACGAGUACGGCGUGGGAUACUGGCCGGGCGACUCCAAGUCGGGCAUGUUCGGCGGCAACUCGAACUGGCGCGGCCCAAUCUGGCUGGCACCAAACCUCCUCCUCAUCGAGUCCCUCCAGCGCUUCCACCAGUACUACGGCGACGACCUGCAGGUCGAGUGCCCCACUGGAAGUGGGUACUACAUGAACCUGGCCGGUGUGGCGGAGGAAAUCCAGCACCGCAUCAUCCACAUCUUCAACCGCGACCAGGACGGGCGUCGUGCCGUCAACGCCGGCGACAACAAGCUCGACCGCGACCCCUACUUCCGCGACUACGUGCACUUCUUCGAGUUCUUCCACGGCGACGACGGCCGCGGUCUCGGUGCCUCCCACCAGACAGGCUGGACGGGUCUGAUCGCAUGGCUCAUCCACCGGUCAGGCGAGUACUGCCGCCUGCCUAAGACGCCGAAGACGCCACGCGCUAUCGCCAACCACUACUUCGGAGACUCGAUGCCGACGCCGUACACGGCUGCCAGCACGCCGGGCAUUCCCUACACGCCGAGCGAGGGGAGCGGGCCGCGCUCCGCGUUCCCCGGCACACCGUACACGGACGCGUCGGGCUUGGAUGAGCCGGAGCCGGAUGAGCUCUAAGUGGCGGUCUGGGCGAUUGUAGAUGGGAGGGCGAGGCAACCUGUGAAAGAACAUUUGAGGCGACGUGGUUGAUAACUUGAUAGAUGGCAUGUAAACAUUCAGAUUGUG